AUGGUCGAAUUUGAAUAUGCUAUCAACGAUCCUGUCCACGUCAACCGUGAGAAUCGUCAACUGGAAGGUGUCGUUGCAUUUGCAGGGUCGGUGUCCUUUGCUGAAGGAAGUGACUGGGUCGGGGUUCGUUUGACAGGAUCCAGUGUUGGCUUGGGAAAGAAUGACGGAAGUGUUCAAGGGCAACAAUACUUCGAUUGCCCUCCGCAAUCUGGACUUUUCGUCAAGAAACAGGCUGUUUCCAAAAGAAAACUUACAAGAUUGGAAGAAUUGAGAUUGAGGCGUGAGCUGGCACAAGGAGGAAAUGAACCAGCCAAAUCGUCCGCCAGAACUCCUUCGAAAGUGUCAGGACUUGGACAACCUCGGGCAAGUGGUCUUGCGACUCCUAGCAAAGCAAGUGCUGCGUUGCAGAGUCAAAUUGAUGAUUUGCAAUCGAAGCUAAAAGAAAAGGAUGUGCAGAUUAACUCCAUGCAAGAGGAAUUGCAAAAGGCAAAGGAGGAAGCCGAUGCUGGAACCAAAAAGGUUGACGAUCUUCAAGAACAACUACAGAAAAUCAAACGAGAUGAGAAAUCGCUCAGUAGGAGCUCCUCCAGUAAUAUGCUCGAAGAAUCACAAUUCAAAAUUCAAGAACUAGAGAGCAAGCUAGAUCAUGCUAUGGAAGAGUUAAAGUCUUACAAGAAGGAUUCGCAAGGAGAGAUUGACAAGGAACGUUCCUUGCGACGAAAGGAAUCUGUGGAAUUGGCUGGCGCCAAGGAAGAAGUCGAGCAACUCCAAAAGCAAUUGGUGCAUUUUGCUGAUUCAUCUAAAACUAUGGCCGCUGACACCUCACAUUACAAGGAACGGGCCAAACUGCAAGCAGAUGUUGCCAGUUUGAAUCGACGAGUUGAACAGCUGGAGCUGGACAAGCAAGAAUUGGAAAACACGGUGGAAGAACUUACAUUGGACAAAGAGCAAUUAUUGGAAGAUAACGAAGCCCUAGAGGAUCGUUGCGAAGAAUUGAAGCUCGACUACGAGACGGCACAGAUGGAAGUUGAGGAAAUGCGAAUGGAAUUGGAAGAAUCAAAGGUCGUGCAAGAAGCUGAAGAGAGUGCGAGUCUUUCAGUCGAAGCUACUGCUGCUGGAGGAGAACUAAACGAGGCCCAAGACAUGGCGCAAGCGCUCAGUGUCCAAAAUGCAAGACUGCGGGAAGCCUUGAUUCGACUUCGAGAACAAUCACAGAUCGAGAAAAUGGACCUCAACCGCCAAUUGCGUGGAGCUGAAAAGGACCUCGAAGAGGCAAAACAAACAACAGAAGAAGUUGAGAAUCUUCGUUCGCUAAAGAGCGAGUUUGAAGAACAAAUUAGCGAUUUGAAGGACAUGGUAGAGCAAGGAUCGGCAUAUGAAGUUAUGGUCGAAGAUUUGAGUGAUCGUGUCUUGAGUAUGGAAGAGGAACUUGUUCUUGCUCAGCAAACUAUAAGGGAAAUGGAAGAGGCGGCUGAUAUUACAGCAGAAAUGGAAGAGGUUCAAACUGAGGAAAUGAAGGCCCUGAAUAGAGACUUGGAAGACCGUGAGACUGUUAUUCGGAAUUUGGAAGAGGCGAUCAAAAUGCAACGUAAACGAGAAGAAGAAUUUCAACGAACUGUUGGGAACUACCGGACAAGGGUGGAAACUCUCAAGCAAGAAAAGAAAGCAUUGCUUGAGUUGCAAGAAGGAGGAGAAGGCGAGAAGAGUGAUCUUGUUUCUGCGUCUCAGAAGGCUCUUGCAAGAGCAGCGCAGCUUGUGCAAGAUGCUGCAGAGAUGCGGAAGCGAGAAGCUCAGGCUGCAAUCGAUCGAAUUGACUCACAAGUGCGUCUUCAUUUGUGUGAGCGCCUGGAGAGCUUGCUGCCACCUAGUGUUGCCGCGGCUGAGAUUGCAAGCAUUAAAGGGGAACUCCUUCUUUCGAAGGUUGUGGGUAAAGCCUCUCUAUCUUUGGAUGGCAUCGCAAGAUCUUUCUUGAAAACGAUUCGUCACAGAGCUUGGGAAUGGCGUACGGAUACAAGCAAGGCAGGAGACCGAAAGGUGCUGACAGAAGCACUAGCCCUCUCCGAUGAACAACAACAAAUGGCUGCUACAAUGAUCCAUCAAUCGGAAGUGGCUCAUGUGGCUAUUGAUGUGAGUGGCGAUUUAUUGUGGCUUCUUUCCGCUGGCCAAUGGCCAGACAUCUUGGCCCCAGAGGCGUCUGCGGAACUUGGAGCAAUCAUGGGACACUCUAUGACCGACCUUGAUAUUGUCCUAGGUAGUGUGUUGAAUACAUUGAAGGAAGAAGGCGUGCUUUCACCACAUCAAUCGAACAUUGGUGCCUUCCGUCAAACGGUGGUAACAACAAUGCAAACACUUCGAUCUCACAUUGAGCAGGACGGUGAGACUCUUGUGCCUAUGGAUUGGAAGCCUCCUGCCUUAAGGCUGUUUAGAGACGCCUCAAGAGCAAAAUACUCGAGUUUGGGCUGUUAUGCAGCAGUUGCGUCUGUCUUGAAUUUUGGAGAAUCCAUUAGGACGCCUCAAAUUGUUGCUCGGAACAAUGAAUUAGUCAAGGCCUUGAAACCUUUGCUGAAAAAGCUCGAUCUUGCAGCUUCCGAAGCUGCCAAAUCGUGUUUGCGUCUCGCUCAUCUUGAUGUUCAAGACGAAGCGAUUGUCAUGGGAAUCUCAAUUGUCGCUGACUCCUGGCGUGCGGCAUCAGACGACUUGUUGGGCAACAUAUACAAUAUGCUUCUAUCGGAAGAGGGGAUCAGCCCCGAGUAUCUAGAGGCAUGCGAGGCUGCAACUGACGAAGUUGUGAAGCUGGUAUCCCAGUUUGCUUCAGCACUCCGAUCAUUCAACCUUCAUGCCACCGCCGACAAUCACUUUCAUCCCUUUUCCCCAGAAGUCGCAGACGUCUGGGAAGGAGUUACGCUUCUAGCACGAUCUAUCCGUUCCCAAGAUGGUGAUGAAGACGACAUUAACUACCUCGUUCGAUCCCGCGAAAUUGAGCAAUCCUUGGAUGACGCAGUAGAAAAGGUGCCAAAACUGACACUUGCGAACACAAAGAUUUUUAGCUUGGAGAAGGCACUCGCUCUCCGCUCGAAAGAAAUCGCAAUGCAAAAUGCAAGGCUCUCCGAAUUGGAGAAACUCUUGGCGAAAACAAAUGCUCAACCUUCACCACGGAUCAAAUCAUCCGACAUGUCGUCAUCAGCAGAGGUCAAUGGUCUCAAACAGGAAAUCCGAGUCCUUACCGAAGCCAUGGAUGUCUUGCAUCGGCAAGUUGAAGAUUAUGAGAGUGAGAUUCGGUUUUUGAAGGAUGCCAAAUCUCCUGGCGCAAGAGUGCGUUCACGUACACCACGAAGAACGUUCACUGCCGAUUUAAGAGAAAGAAGUGGAUCUGUCGACUCUUUGCCUGGAAUGGUCGCUGAUGGCAGUACUGGUGCAUUCGAGGCUGCUUUGUUCCGACCGGCUCUUCAGGCAGCACGGCGAGACGCUGCACAGUGGAAGGCAAAGGCCACCAUUUCAGCCCUAUUGGAUUUGCCACCAUUGAAUGCUUCAGGGACCAUCGGUAGUGAAGAAAAAACCGCAGACGAAGAUGAAUCGAACCCAUUCGUGCAACUCUCAUCGGCACUCUCGUUCUAUCGUCGCGAAGCUGCAUCGAUCAAGGUGGUAGAUGUUUCAAAACAAACGGGUGGAGAAACAUCUCGAUUGGGACUUCAUCGAAUGAUGAUGAGAAAGGCGACUGCUUCCGACCAGCUGGAUAAAGCAACUGCAGCAGCAAGGCAAUGGCUGGAAAACAAUGGUGAAGGAAACUAUGGAGCGGCUAACGAUUCUUUUGGAGCUCCUCUAGUCGGCAGGGUCACAUUAUCUGGUGCAGAUCCGGUCUCUACCGUCCGUACGAACGUGAAACCAGAGGACUUACAUCGUUUGCAAUUACAUCUCGUUCGUUAG